GCCUGUUCAAUUAAAGAAUAAGAAUAAUUAUAAUUUUAUAAAAGAAAAAAAUUUCAGAAUUUUUACAACUCACGUAUUUGAACAUUUUCGCACUUGACUAUAAAUAUCAAACCGAUUUUGGUUAUUGGUAUCAAACAAUCUUUAGCUUUUGUUUAAACAACAGCCACAGACAAGAAAAUCAAACACUUCAACAUGUUCAAAUACGCCGUUGUUCUUUUCGCUCUCAUCGCUUGCGCUGCUGCCAAGCCCGGUUUGCUAGCUGCCGCUCCAUUGGCCUAUGCUGCUCCCGCUGCUGUUGUUGCCGCUCCUGCUCCUGUGGUGACUGCCACCAGCAGUCAAGUGAUCGCCCGCAACCACAAUGGCAUUGCCGCCGCUCCAGUUGUUGCCAGCUAUGCUGCCGCUCCAGUAGCUGCCCCAGUUGUUGCCAGCUAUGCUCAUUACGCUACUGCUCCUUUGGCUGCUCCAGCAAUUGCUCAUUAUGCUGCUGCCCCUCUUGCGUCAUCGUUACUUUGGUAAUGAGAUAUGUAUUUAAGAAAAUCGAAAGUUGCAAAUGAUCCGGUCAAAAUAAAAUAUCUGUUUCGAAAAAAU